CAAAAACAAGCUGUUUUCAGGCCAAACAAGCAGAAAGGGGACACAUACCAAAGAAUCAAGCCAACGCAUCUUUGGCACUGAUUAUUCCAUUUUUGUUUACUGAACGCUUUGACGAGCAUGGCCACAGCUGCAUCUUCGCUACAUAGCCGGAGUGCGCAAUCCAUGAAGAGCCUCCUUCUAAGUCCACCGACUGUGGUGCAUCGUCCCGAGUACGAUCCGCGAUACGUGGACUUGUCACCGGCACACAGAGAAUACAUGCAUGCAAGACUCUAUGGAAGCAAGCGAGAGAAUCGAUUUUUGCCGAGGAGCAACAAUGAGGCGAAAACCCACACAGCAAACUAUGCGGAUGAACAACCACCGCAAUGGAUGAGUACUAUGAAGAGGGACUUUGCGCCCAAGAGAGUGGACAGGGGGAUAAUGACCAAAGAGACGACCUCUGUUGCUGAGGACAUCAAACGUUCCCACUUCACUCUGGAAGGACCAGAUGGUGGUGAAUUGAUACUCAAAUCCAGAACCAAAGAGGAUUUUCCGGCCCAAGAUCCCACGGCCGUCUCCACAGAGAGUUAUAAAGAGACACAAAAGAAGUACCAGCGUUAUCCAAUAAUAUAUCGUGACGAGGAAGCUGACGUUGAAAAACAUCAGAGUACCUACAAAGACACAUAUCAUAAGCCGCAAUUACGCACACGUUUCCGUUCGGCACGUCAAAACAAAGGCAUCACGCACAUCUCCCUCGGCACCGACAGAGUUAGUUACGAAACCACCUCUGGCAACGCAUUGCGUGCCUUACCACCAAUUCCUCCUGCGGAUUAUGAGAGGCUUGGUUAUAAGUCGAACGUAUUGGAUUGUCCGGAUGGAGAAGCUCCCAUCUGGAAGAGUUCAGCGCGGGAAGCGCACGACAAUAUUCCCGCUAAUUUAGAUUUCGACUCCCUUCGGCCCGAUAUGAAGGCUACGAUCAAAGAUCUGCGUUCCACUCAUUUCACCCUGGGAAAUGACCCAACUCUCCCGCGACAAUCUCAAUAUACGGCAUCUUUUCCACCUCAGAAUCGCUCCUCUCAGGAUGUGACUCCCAUUACUCCACGUGGCAAGUUCGUCCCUAGCCAUGUGCUAGAGGAAUACGACGACGAUAGACGGACCGGACGGACUACAUCUCAAGAGGAGUUUAAGAGCUUUGAGGUUGUCAAGAGACACAGUGAUAGGGAGCAUCAAGAUCGGAAGCGCAGCGACGGUACCAGUAGCAUAUGCUUUGGCGCUGAUACGGACGGCCGGUACCGCACGAUCACGUCUACAUCCUAUAGUGCACCCACUACUGCAGUCACCCGACCCGUGUUGCAUGCCGUCCCUACAGCAACGGGCCACAACCUUCUGCAGCAUGAUCCAGCUGAACCCACACCGCAAUCAAUCUCGCAGACAUGCUACAAAGGUGUACAGGAUCCACUCGCCUAUAGGGCCUCCCAAAAGCAGUCAUCAGACAGCAGGAGCUAUCUUCGCCGGGAGCAUUUCUUGUUGGGUGAUGAGGAGAAAGAAGGUGGGGUAACAGGUGGCACUUGUCAGAGGGAGGCUUUCAAAAAUCCCAUGGCAGCUGGGGACACAAAACAUAUCAGAGCCGCUGGGGUGAAGGUCGGCUCGGACACAUUGGCAACGCUCGAUGUAGGAGACAAAACAGGCGAGAGCCUUGUGACCGACUACGAAACAACCACCCAUUCUACCAUUGGUGCUUUCCCGUACGCACCAGAGCCACCGCAGCCCAUAGUUCACCCUGCCUCGACAGCAAAAGCAUAUAUGCAACCAGACCUUGACACUCCUGUGUCUCUGUUGGGUAUCGGGUCUGAAGCGCGGGCGCUUACGACUGUGACGAGACAAACUUAUAUUCCGCCUGAGGUAAUGCGGUACACGCAGAGAAUAGUGCCGCAGAGUAUGGCUGGCAACCGUUGAGAAAGGAGUCUUGAAAAAGGAACGGAAAUACGGGCCGGAGGGGGACGUGCAAAUUGAAUUUUCCUUCCUAAGCUCUCUUCCAUCAUCGUAAAUUCCAAAAUUGUAAUUACAUCCCAGCAAAAUUCACAUUCUGC